AUGCCCUCCUCGUCACUAGCAGAAUAUCUCGCCAAAAACUACCUAACAGCCGAUCCAUCUACGGAACGCCCAAAAAAGAAACGCAAGAAGACCAAAACCGUCGACACCGCCGGAGACGGCCUCAUCAUCGCCGACGACGACCCGCCCGAUUUACGGACGUCGGCGACAAAUUUCGGCAAUGAGGAUGACGAGGGCCCGAGUUUAGUGACCUCCGUCCGGAGCGCGGAGUUCCGCCGUGCGAAGAAAUCGAAUUGGAAGACGCUGGGUGGUCCCGCGACCGGCAGAUCGAACGCGGAUGAUGAGCGGGACGCCGCAGACGCGAUCCUAGCGUCUGCCGCGGCGGAGAGCGCCGCUCGCCGUGGGGAAGGAGAGGAAGGCGAUGACGAAGCGCCUGCUGUUGUGGACGAUGCUGAGGCCGACGACGGAGGAGAGAUGCGGAUGGAGUCCGGUGCUCGGGCGGGACUGCAGACUGCGGAACAGACGGCGGCGAUGGUGGCUGCGCAGGAACGACGGAAGAAGGCCGAGGCGGCGCGGCAUCGAGAGCGGCCGGCGGAGGCGCAGGAGACGAUCUACCGAGAUGCGUCUGGGCGGAUCAUCAACGUUGCCCUGAAGCGGGCGGAGGCGCGGCGGGCGGAGCAGGAGAAGCGCGAGAAGGAGGAGGCAGCUAAGGAGGCGCUGAUGGGUGAUGUGCAGCGGGCGGAGCGGGAGGCGCGCAGGCAGCAGAUACAGGAGGCUCGAGCGAUGCCGCUUGCACGGACGAUCGAAGACGAUUCCCUGAAUGAGGAGCUGAAGGCGCAGCAGCGGUGGAAUGAUCCUGCGGCUGGGUUUUUGACCAAGACAAAGGGGCCCGGCGCGAGUGUGACGGGGAAGCCGCUCUAUAAGGGGGCUUUUCAGCCGAAUCGGUAUGGGAUCCGUCCGGGACAUCGGUGGGAUGGGGUGGAUCGGGGGAACGGGUUCGAGAAGGAAUGGUUUGCAGCGAGGAAUAAGAAGGGGAGACUGGAAGCGUUGGAUUAUCAGUGGCAGAUGGAUGAGUAA